GUAUAUCGUUUAUUAGUAAAAACCUGGUUAUAGUAGACACGUACUGACGAGUGCGCGUAGCUUUAGGGAUUGAUGAAAAAUAGUUGGGUUGCUGGAUAUUUUGAGACUGCCUCUCAGGCAUUGUGUUGGUAACCAGUUUAGGAGGGUCUUAGAAGCCGAAGUUAGAAGAGCUAGUUCUUCAGAUUGGACGGUUCCAGAAGUAGCACGUUUUGGUAGUGCUCUGUUGUCACGAGCUGCCGUGUGCUCCUGUUAUUGACUUGCCUGUUGGGAGAAAUUUUUUGUGGUCAUGCAGACUGUCAGUGGAUCCGUGUGUCGCUAUUUGUUCCCAGGACACUGUAGCAGAAGCCCACUGGAGCUCUUAACUCUGCUUCGGAAGGGUGUAUGGGGUGGACAUAGCCAAGAUGUUUUCAGGACGGUAUCUAUGCGCAAUUAUGGCUCUGAACCCAUUAAAGGUGCAGUUAUUGGUAUUGACUUGGGUACCACAAACUCGUGUGUUGCGGUUAUGGAGGGAAAACAAGCUAAGGUACUAGAAAAUGCUGAGGGUGCUAGAACUACUCCAUCUGUUGUAGCAUUUACUGCGGAUGGUGAGAGAUUGGUUGGCAUGCCUGCAAAGCGUCAGGCAGUAACAAAUCCAAAGAAUACAUUAUAUGCCACAAAGAGGUUGAUGGGAAGGCGAUAUGAUGAUCCAGAAGUACAGAAGGACACGAAGAAUGUCCCUUUCAAAAUUGUACGUGCUUCCAACGGAGAUGCUUGGGUUGAGGCUCACGGAAAAAUGUAUUCUCCCAGUCAAAUUGGUGCAUUUGUGUUAAUGAAGAUGAAGGAAACUGCAGAAGGCUACUUGGGCCACAGUGUGAAGAAUGCAGUUAUUACAGUGCCUGCUUACUUUAACGAUUCUCAGAGACAGGCUACCAAAGAUGCUGGGCAGAUAUCUGGAUUAAAUGUUCUAAGAGUUAUCAAUGAACCUACAGCUGCUGCAUUGGCUUACGGAUUGGACAAGUCAGAGGACAAAAUUAUUGCUGUUUAUGAUCUAGGCGGUGGUACUUUUGAUAUCUCUGUCUUGGAAAUUCAGAAAGGGGUGUUUGAGGUGAAAUCUACUAAUGGUGAUACCUUCCUUGGAGGAGAGGAUUUUGACCAGGCUUUGCUGCAGCAUAUUGUGAAAGAAUUCAAGAGGGAGAGUGGUGUUGACUUGACUAAAGAUAACAUGGCCCUCCAACGAGUGAGAGAAGCUGCUGAAAAAGCAAAGUGUGAGCUGUCUUCAUCUUUACAGACUGAUAUUAACCUCCCAUACUUGACAAUGGAUGCUUCUGGACCAAAACAUUUGAACAUGAAAAUAACACGGUCACAGUUUGAAGGCAUUGUAGCAGAUCUUAUCCGGAGAACAAUUGCUCCUUGUCAGAAGGCAAUGCAGGAUGCUGAAGUCAGCAAGAGUGAUAUUGGAGAGGUUCUCCUUGUGGGUGGGAUGACAAGAAUGCCAAAGGUUCAACAAACCGUGCAGGAUCUGUUUGGUCGAACUCCUAGCAAAUCUGUGAACCCAGAUGAAGCUGUAGCAAUUGGUGCUGCCAUUCAAGGUGGUGUGUUAGCUGGGGAUGUAACGGAUGUUCUGCUUCUCGAUGUAACACCUCUUUCUUUAGGUAUUGAAACACUUGGGGGAGUUUUCACCAAGCUCAUCAACCGAAAUACCACUAUUCCCACUAAAAAGAGUCAGGUAUUUUCUACUGCUGCUGAUGGACAGACUCAAGUGGAGAUUAAGGUAUUUCAGGGAGAGAGAGAGAUGGCAGCAGACAACAAAAUUCUUGGACAGUUCACAUUGGUUGGUAUUCCACCUGCUCCCCGUGGAGUUCCUCAGAUUGAAGUAUCGUUUGAUAUAGAUGCCAAUGGAAUUGUUCAUGUUUCUGCCAAGGACAAAGGGACAGGCCGAGAACAGCAGAUUGUCAUUCAGUCUUCAGGUGGCCUUAGCAAGGAUGACAUUGAGAACAUGAUUAAAAAUGCAGAAAGAUAUGCUGAGGAAGACAGGAGGAGAAAGGAACGUGUUGAAGCUGUUAAUAUGGCUGAAGGAAUUAUCCAUGACACAGAAUCCAAGAUGGAGGAGUUUAAAGACCAACUGCCUGCUGAUGAGUGUGAAAAACUGAAAGAAGAAAUAGCUAAAAUGAGAGACCUUUUGGCUCGCAAGGAUUCCGAGACUGGAGAGAGCAUUAAACAGGCAUCAUCUAGCCUUCAGCAAGCUUCACUGAAACUUUUUGAAAUGGCAUAUAAAAAGAUGGCAGCUGAGAAGGAAAGUUCUGGAACAGAAGAUAAAAAGGAAGAAAAACAAUAAAUUUCCUGCAUUAUAUAUGGAAGUGUUACCAUUAUGUGAUCCUGAGCUUGGGAGUUUACUUUUGAGACCUUUUCCUGAGCAUGAAGUAAUUUAUGUACUGUGUUUUUGCAGUAUUCUAUAAAUGUAAAUAUUAAGUGAUUUUUAUUUCUAAUCCAUUUGGAUAAGACUGUAUUUUAGCAGCAUUGGUAAGAUGGAUGUCAUUUCAUAUGAGCUCAUCUUGUGUACUUAAUUAGUUGCCUGUGUAACAGAGUACAGAAUAUUUUCUUUUAUAUGCUAGGCAAUUAAUUUCUGUGGCUCAUUUUGCAUUGACUGAAGGUUCAAAGUGGUGUAGAAAGGAACAGUGUGUGUGCCCUAGAAUCAAACCAUUAAACUUUAUACUUGUAAAACGAGCUAGGUUCAGGAGAAAGUAAUUGUAAUCAAGAAAAAAUAAUGAAUCAUUAGUCACUAAAGGAGGAGUUGAUGUAGUCACUUAGCUUUUGCAAAGUAAUUGACAUCCUGAAAUGUAACCAUGCAAAAACUCAACCUCCAGGAGUUUUGUUACCUGUUAAGGACCAAAUUUCCUUUGAUGGUUCCACAUAAUUUCCAUUUUCAGUCUUUUGUGUGUUGUAUUUGGAAGUAUAAUUUUAGAGGGUUGUCUUUGCAGAUCAGGCUGCCGAAAGAUGCAGUUGUCCCAUCUAUUAGGUGCAUAUAAACAUCUGAAAACAAUAAUUGGUGUACUGUAAAUACUGAAGUCAUGAGUAUGUAACAGUCUUGUUCAGUUAUUGUAACUAAAAAUAAAAAUUGAAAGCCUCAACAAA